GAUCCCGGGCUCUGCUCACUUCGACGUCGAGGGCUCUUACCGCUCACUGGUGUGGUGUGUGAGUUCUGGUUCCCCGGUGCGCGGACCCCAGCCUUGCCCACACUUCGACUCCAUUUCGACGAACUCGGCUCCGCUGAAGAAGACCGACCAUGUCUGCCAGGACCAGCAAGUACAUGUACAAGAGCACCGGAGGCUCUGGAGAUAUCUCCAUCGAAUAUGGCACCGACCUCGGCGCGCUCACCAGGCUUGAGGACAAGCUCCGCCUGCUUCAAGAGGACCUCGAGUCCGAACGGGAGCUCAGGCAAAGGAUCGAGCGCGAGAAGUCGGACCUGACGGUGCAGCUGAUGCAGCUGAGUGACAGGCUGGAAGAAGCUGAGGGCUCUUCGGAGACCGUGGUCGAGAUGAACAAGAAACGCGACACCGAGCUGUCUAAGCUGCGUAAGCUGCUCGAGGAUGUGCACUUGGAGAGCGAGGAGACCGCGCACCACCUGCGCAAGAAGCACCAAGAGGCCAUCGCCGAAAUGCAGGAGCAGCUGGACCUCGUGUCCAAGGCCAAGAGCAAGGCCGAGAAAGAGAGGCAGAAGUUCCAGGCCGAGGUUUACGAACUCUUGGCUCAGGUCGAGAACACGAACAAGGAGAAGAUCACGAUCCAGAAGACCGUGGAGAAGCUGGAGCACACCGUGUACGAGCUGAACAUCCGCAUCGAGGAACUGAACCGCACUGUCACCGAGGUGACGGCCCAGAGGACCCGCCUUAGUGCCGAGAACGCCGAGUACCUCAAGGAGGUGCACGAACUGAAGGUCUCCCUGGACAACGUCAACCACCUCAAGACCCAGCUCGCCACCCAGCUCGAGGACAACCGCCGCCGCCUUGAAGACGAAGAACGGAAACGCGCCAGCCUUGAAUCUUCGCUGCACACCCUUGAGGUCGAGAUCGAGUCACUCAAGGUUCAGCUGGAAGAAGAGUCCGAGGCAAGGCUCGAAGUCGAGAGGCAGCUGGUCAAGGCCAACGCCGACGCCGCCGCUUACAAGACCAAGUAUGAGACCGAAGUCCAGGCUCACGCUGACGAAGUCGAGGAACUCAGGCGCAAGAUGGCUCAGAAGAUCUCGGAGUACGAGGAGCAGCUCGAGGCCCUGCUGACGCGUUGCAGCAACUUGGAGAAGCAGAAGUCACGCCUGCAGAGCGAAGUCGAGGUGCUCAUCAUGGACCUGGAGAAGGCCACCGCGCACGCCCAGAACCUGGAGAAGCGCGUCGCUCAGCUCGAGAAGCUCAACAUCGACCUCAAGUCCAAGGUGGAAGAGCUCACCAUCCUGCUGGAGCAGAGCCAGCGCGAGCUGCGCCAGAAGGUGGCCGAAAUCCAGAAGCUGCAGCACGAGUACGAGAAGAUGCGCGAGCAGCGGGACGCCCUCCAGCGGGAGAACAAGAAGCUCGUCGACGACCUGUCCGAGGCUAAGAGCCAACUGGCCGACGCUAUCCGCCGGCUGCACGAGUACGAGCUGGAGAUCAAGCGGCUGGAGAACGAGCGCGACGAGCUGGCCGCCGCCUACAAGGAGGCUGAGACCCUGCGCAAGCAGGAGGAAGCCAAGUGCCAGAGGCUCACCGCCGAGCUCGCCCAGGUGCGCCACGAGUACGAGCGCCGCCUCCAGAUCAAGGAAGAGGAGAUCGAAGCCCUGCGCAAGCAGUACCAGCUGGAAGUGGAGCAGCUCAACAUGCGCCUUGCCGAGGCAGAGGCCAAGCUCAAGACGGAGAUUGCACGCAUCAAGAAGAAGUACCAGGCUCAGAUCACGGAGCUGGAGAUGUCCCUGGACGCUGCCAACAAGCAGAACAUGGACCUCCAGAAGAUCAUCAAGAAGCAGUCCAUGCAAAUCACCGAGCUGCAGGCCCACUACGACGAGGUUCACCGCCAGCUGCAGCAAUGCGCCGACCAGCUUGCCAUUUCCCAGCGCCGCUGCCAGGGACUGCAGGCCGAACUGGACGAACAGCGCGUGGCUCUCGAAUCAGCUCUGCGCUCCAAGCGGGCCGCCGAGCAGUCCCUGGAGGAGUCGCAGGUGCGCGUGAACGAACUGACCACCAUCAACGUGAACAUUGCUGCAGCCAAGAACAAGCUGGAGAGCGAGCUCUCUGCUCUGCAGGCCGACUACGACGAGCUGCACAAGGAGCUCAGGGUGGUUGACGAACGUUGCCAGCGCACGAUCGUGGAGCUGAAGAGCACCAAGGACAUUCUGAUUGAAGAACAGGAGCGCUACAUCAAGGUCGAAUCUAUCAAGAAGUCCCUCGAGGUCGAAGUCCGCAACCUUCAGGUGCGCCUGGAGGAAGUGGAAGCGAACGCCCUGGCCGGAGGCAAGCGUGUCAUCGCCAAGCUCGAGUCUAGGAUCCGCGAUGUUGAGAUUGAGCUGGAGGAAGAGAAGAAGCGCCACGCCGAGACGCAGAAGAUUCUGCGCAAGAAGGACCACCGCUCCAAGGAGCUGCUGCUCCAGACCGAAGAGGACCACAAGACCAUCACCAUGCUCAACGACGCCGUCGAGAAGCUGAACGAGAAGGUCAAGGUCUACAAGCGACAGCUCAAUGAACAGGAGGGUCUGAGCCAGCAGAACCUGACCCGUGUGCGCCGCUUCCAACGCGAACUGGAGGCGGCCGAGGAUCGCGCCGACUCCGCCGAGAGCAACCUGUCCCUGAUUCGCGCCAAGCACCGCUCCUGGGUGACCACCAGCCAGGUUCCCGGUGGCACCAGGCAGGUCUUCAUCACUGAGGAGUCCAGCCAGAACUUCUAAGCCUAACGACGAUCCCGAGCGACAGCAAGCACCCUGGCCGCCACAGCAUGCAACGUCCACGACGGCGGAGACCGUAUACCACGCCGUUCCUGAAAGAACAUAACCGCUACAAUAAACAGACUCCAGGGUUGCUACGCUCGAUGUUUCCAGCUGUUCUUGCCUGCCGUUCUCGUCUAUGACUGCCACAUAGAACGGGGCUGAUGAAUGUGCUGUGUUCUUGCUCAUUUAUAUUGGGGCGGCUGCGAGAGGGUUUAAAUAUGGCGCGGAGAAGGAAUUAUCUCAAAUACCACUGCCCUCAUCUGCCACUGAGUGCCUCUUACAAAGAAGGGUGCUUUCUGUUUAGUAGACGCGACUCUUUGCCUGCCAUAUUUAUAUUGAAGCGAACUGAACACAAAAGCUGCGGCACUUUCCUCAGCCUUCCUUAACCUGCCUCCCAUGAUUGACGAGAUAUGAUAUGGGGGCCUUCUAUAAAUGGCGUGUAGAACGGCUAUCAUUGACUAUAGUAAUCCUGGCAUCCAUAACCUUUUCAGGAGACGCCUAAAUUUUUUCGCAUAAAGUGCCAAAGCGCAGCCAUAACGAAACUAUAUUGGCUGCUUUUACAAAGCAGUGUCGGAGAGGUGUUGCCUGUGGCCAGUUAUGCGAGCUAGUUGGCUCUAUGAAACGAUGCGAUGAAAAUGCUAUAAAUUCAAGAAAAUGGUGCGAAGCACUUUUUUUGUUCGGUCUUACAAGACCAGUCACAACCUUCCAUGGUUAUGCUUGACCAUAUCAGUAUAGCACUGAUACCUUUAUAAAAAAUUGGCCCUUUUAUUUUUUAUCCUUCCAGUAUUGUUCUCAAUAUCUGUUUGGGUAUAUUUUGUGACUACUGAUGAGAGUUACACAUACGUUAACAAUAUUCAUAUGCCGCUGACAAAUCUUGUUCUACUUUAUCCUCUCUACUGUGGGACUCUUGUCGUCCAAUUUUUCGCUAAAGCUCUCUCUCUCUCUCUUUCCUUUUACUUGAUGUGAUUUGUGUGUCGUAGAGCGUGCACGCUGCAGGUGUAAUUUUACAGAAAGAAUAAAGGCGCCUCCAAAAAUCCUCUA